CUAUUUACAUCGUAAAAUGAAACUUGUGGUUGUGAAUUGAGGGAGUAAUAAGACCAGAUCAUGUGUGAUUGAGUUUUAAAGUUGUCUUCUUCUUCUUUUUUUUUUCUUGUCGGAAAGAUGAUUAGCCAUAUGGCGAAAAGCCAUGGUUUAAUCAGAUUGCUGAUGAAGCCAUGUGAUGGAUGUCUACGUUCUCCCCAGUUUCUACGUUUUCCGGCUGAUGGGUUCUCUGCGUUUCGCAGUUACUCCCUGUCGAGGAGCAGAUUCAUGGCCGCUUCCUCCACGGAUCCGAUGGUUGGAGAGGAGGCAAACGGUGGUGUUACAAUGCUUCCGGCUGUUGAAGACAAGUACGGUGGCGUGAUGACGGAGAUGAGUCGUCCCAUGGAUCCUUCUGCCUUCUCUGCACUUCUCAGAUCCUCUCUCUCUAACUGGACUCUUCAGGGAAAGAAGGGAGUGUGGAUCAAAUUGCCGAGGCAGCUUAUCGGUCUUGCUGAAACUGCUGUUAAGGAGGGAUUCUGGUUUCAUCACGCGGAGAAAAACUACUUGAUGCUUGUGUAUUGGAUUCCCAAACAAGACCAUACCCUUCCUUCCAAUGCAUCUCACCGUGUUGGCAUAGCCGCCUUUGUUCUAAACCACAAGAAAGAGGUGCUAGUGGUUCAAGAGAAGACAGGAAGAUUUAAAGGCCAAGGUAUCUGGAAGUUCCCCACCGGAGUAGUCAAUGAGGGAGAAUACAUCCAUGAUGGCUCGGUCAGAGAGGUGAAAGAGGAGACAGGAGUGGAUACAGAGUUUGUCCAAGUAUUGGCUUUCAGACAGACCCACAAAGCUUUCUUUGAAAAGUCAGAUCUGUUCUUCGUCUGCAUGAUGAAGCCUCUUUCUCUGGAGAUCAAUGCACAAGAGUCUGAGAUAGAGGCAGCUCAGUGGAUGCCAUGGGGGGAAUACAACAAGCAACCAUUCGUACAGAACCAUGAGCUGUUAAGGUAUAUGACAGACAUUUGCUCUGCUAAAACCAACGGACACUACGAAGGCUUCACUCCUCUCCCCGUCUCUGCACCUGAUCUACAAGGCAACUUGUACUUCAACAACCGCGACCUCAGUUCUCGCCAAUAACAUUCUUUUCCCACAAGAAGCAAAUCAAAGUUGUUUUCUCUGCUCUAUGUUAAGCAUUUUGACAUUUGAAUUAUCUUAAGCGAAAACAUUUGCAUUCAAUGCUAUUCAAAUCCAAUAGUUAAAUACAAA